CCUCCUACGCUCUGUUCUUACUUCGCUCUCCUCUCCUACACCUUUCGUGACGCCGGUAAACCAAACCCGCACAGCACACAGUAGACGCGCCAUAUCCAGCCCUAUCAAGCCUCCUACCUGCAAUGGACGCAGCUCCCGCACUCACUUCUGAAGGCGCUCUCUGGGCCUCGACUCCACUCCUCGCCGCCGCCCAGCUCUGGCCCUGGCAUCCGCUGUGGGCUGCUGGCAUAUGGACUGCCUAUGGUGCAUGUGCUCUUACAUCGCAGGGAGAAGCAUGGCUCAAACCUCUCACCCUGUCUCCCUUGAACGCCAAAACGCACCAGCUGCGCACGGUAUACGAUCCUUCGGGCCUAGGAAACGCCACCGUCAGGGCACCCUCACGCAACAGCAGCAACAGCGUCAGCAGCAACAGUGUCUUGGUGACGUUUACUUCAGCCACUCCAGGUUCUGAAACCACAGAUAUUACCACCAAAGAUGACGGCUCCACAUCAGUCAGCCCAAACAACUCAGUAGGCACAGAUAGCGCUUUCAGCAUCGACAAGACUUCACCUACUACUUCCUUGUCAGAGCCUAUUCCAGCAGAAACGCCCAGCAGUCUAGAUACAGACAGCGCUUCCAACGCCAACAAGACUUCACCUACUACUUCCUUGUCGGAGCCUGUUUGGGCGGAGACGCCCAGCAGCCUGGAUACAACCACGACACCCAGCAGUCUGAAUGCAGCCACGACACCCAGCAGUCUGGAUACAGCCACGACACCCAACAGCUUUGCAAACGUCCCGCAAGAAAGUUAUAGCCAACAUCGAUCUAGUCGCGGAGAAACUGGCAAAGAGCAGAUACAAGAUCUUCCUUGGGGAUACUGGCCGACUUACGGAAUGCUGUUAGUGGCCGUGGCUGGUCUCGUGGCAUGGACACUUGGGGUUGAGAUAUCUCCCCUUGACACUCUUCAGCACGCGCAACAACGUGGCAGGCUCUGGUUCCAGCAGCUGUACCACCUGUUGUUCCAGAAACAGGUUCCUAACGGAGCAACGCAUCAUCACGAGAUAGCCUCAUCUCGAUUGGCCAACUUCAUAUGGGGAGGAAGGACACACCAGACUUAUAAUUGGAGAGCUAUCACGUUUAUCUUCCUGUGUACAGUAUUCGCCAUCUACCCAUUCUGGCGGCUCUCGUCGCUGAUCGAAAGGCUGCUCUCAGUAACAUGCCAAGCAAUUCUUACGCUUGUGAAUGGUUUGUCACAGCUCACAACCUGCGCCGUGACAACCUACCACAAUCCUCUUUCCAUGGAUGGAAGUUACCAGCCGACAUUCGUUUCCGAAUCGCGUACCGGCAUACUUUGCCGCUGGAUCGAAACCGCUGUCAUGAGCUUCCGCUCUAUACUCUUACCAGCCAAAUCCUCCGCUACAGCCCUCCAGCGCUGCUACACUGUAGCCUGGGACAAUCGCCUCUCAUACACGGGCUAUUAUGAGAUGGCGCACCAGACUGGCCCAACAGCGGCGUGGUGUAUGAGAAUCGAAUGGCUUGUUAUGCACUAUAGAGCGUUGGCGCGGCAAUUGAUGCCGUGGCUUGCAGUACCAAAGCAGACACUGGGUUAUGUGCGCCAAUUUCUCGGCUGCGUACCGUUCGUGCACAUGCUCAGCGGCAGUCUGUGUCCAGGCUGGGCGCAUGAGAUCAAUCGUGGAGUUUGCAUCUCGCUUCUGCGCGGAUUGUGUAUACUCAACCUCUUGGCUGUUAUGCAAUGGCAUGCGGUUCCUUCGCGAUCGAGAACUGGGCUUCAGACACGCUUUGUGGUUACGUGUCUGGUUAUUGUUCCUUUUGCAGCACUUGCAAUGUUGUCGUGGACCAUGCAUUUCUCAGUGCUCCAACAAGUCACGACGCUGGUUCUCGCACUGUUGAUUCUGUCUCCCUACCACGAGUCUCUAGGAACAAGAUGGAUUACUUUUCUUCGCCGCCUACACGUUAUACCAGCUAUUACGCGUUGACAAGGCGCUGGUUCUAGAGUAUAGAAAUAUCACAUAAUUUUAUCAGUAUAGAAGUAUAAAAUCAGGCUAGGGAUAAAUCCUCUUUCGGUUACAUUUGUUAUCUGACUACUACGCUAUUCUCCUCUUGAACGUUUCUAGGAUCCAUGUUAUUCAAGAUAUUUAAUUUAAUACUUGACUUAGUCUAGAUUUACUGUGCGAA